AUGCCUCGCCGUCACUACUCGCCGGCGGCUUCGCUUCUUCCUCUGCCACUUCUUAUCAUUCUCUUGCCUACAAUUGCUUUGAUUCUUUUACUCUCUCUUCUGUUCUUCUCAUCUCAUGUUCUUCGUCCAAAUUCAGUAAAGAAGGGUUGGGACUCACUCAAUGUGUUAUUAGUAUUGGUUGCUGUUCUUUGUGGCAUUUUCGCUAGAAGAAACGAAGAUGAACCCACCGUCGAUGAAGGUAAUACGUCGUCGUCGUCGUCGUACUCGAUUGAUCAAAAGACGACACGAAAUUCGGUUAUGAAUGACUGGAUUGGUGAUCGGUACUAUAAUACAAGACCCGGAACCGGUACUGGUACAGGUCGGUUGAAGAGGAACAGUAGCUCGUAUCCGGAUCUGAGACAAGAAUCGGCUUGGGAAACCAGUGAUAACCAGUUCAGGUUCUUUGAUGACUUCGAUUUAAGUAAAUAUCGGUCACCGGAGGAGGAUAGUUUAAAUUUUCAUUCCCAUCGGAGACAGGGAAGUGAAAUUCAAGACGGGCUUAAGGAUAUUCCAGUGGAUACUUUUGUGCUUCGUUCUUCUACUUCUAAACCGUCGCCGUCGAAGGCUCCAGCGCCGCCGCCACCACCACCUCCUCCGCCGCCACCGUCUGCAAGACAUCAGAAGCAGAGAAGAGCUAAUACGUCUAUUGGCCAAAGACGGAAGGUUGAGAAUGCGGGUGAUCAAUGUGAUGCCAGAUUGGAGGAGAUCAAAUCUCCACCACCAACGCCACCUCCGCCACCGCCUCGGCCACCACCACCAGUUGCGACUCUUAAAACAGAGCAGAAGUACUCGAAAAGUGGACGGAAAAUGAGUAAUGCAAGGAAGGAGAUAAAGAUGGCUUUGGCUUCACUUUACAGUCAAACAAAGGGGAAGAAGAAGCUGAAAAGAAAAAGCCCAUCGGAUGAUUAUUCCAAUCACGCUCCAGAAGAGCCAGCUUAUUCCACAAGACCGCCACCAUCGCCUCCACCUCCGCCCCCUCCGCCACCACCUCCGCCAUCAAUCUUUCAUAAUCUAUUCAGAAAAGGCAGCAAAAGUAAGAGAAUUCACUCUUUCUCUGCACCACCACCACCGCCGCCUCCACCUCCACGGUCGUCAAAACCUAAGAGCCAAACUCGGACGCCACCACCACCACCGAAGGCUCCACCAACUCUUCCACCGGAAUCAUCCCGUCGGCGAUCUACCGGCUCAACCGGGCGGCCUCCAUUGCCAACAAGGACCGACCAGUUCUAUGAUGAAACAGUGAAUAACGGAGGACAGUCUCCGUUAAUUCCGAUGCCGCCUCCGCCUCCACCUUUCGAAAUGCCAAAAACAAAAUUCGUUAUUCGUGGGGGUUUUGUUAGGGUACAGAGCACUCACAGCUCAAGGUGUAGCUCUCCCGAGUUGGACGAUCUUGAUGUCUCAUCUAGUAACGGAAACCCCGAUACGGUCAACGAAAGCGAUCGAAUGACAGCGUCCGCCUUCUGUCCGAGCCCUGAUGUGAAUGUUAAAGCUGAUACCUUCAUUGCUAGGCUGAGAGAUGGGUGGAGACUCGAGAAGAUGAAUUCCGUGAAGGAGAACCGCAAUUUGGGCCGUGGACCAGGCCCAGACCCAGGCCCAUCAAUGCAUUGGUAG